AUGGCCGACGUAGAAAUGGAAGUUGACAACCCGCCCUCCCCCUCCGCCGACACGGGAGCCGCCCCCGCGCGCAACGAGUCCGAGAUGCAAACCCAUGGCCGCGCCACCGCCGUCCGCUCCAUUGAGGGCUGGAUCGUAAUGGUGACCAACGUGCACGAGGAGGCCGACGAGGAGGCCAUCCACGACAAGUUUGGCGAGUUCGGCGAGAUCAAGAACCUGCAUCUCAACCUUGACCGGCGGAGCGGUUACGUCAAGGGUUACGCCCUCAUCGAGUACGCAACGCUGACCGAGGCCCGCGCGGCAAUCGACUCCGCCCACGAGACAAAGCUCCUCGACCAGACCGUCUAUGUCGACUUCGCAUUCGUUCGUCCCCCGCCAGGCGGCAAGGGCGGAGCCAACCGCGGCGGCGCGAGGCCCCAGAACCGAGGCCGCGGACGGAGCCGCAGCCGUAGCCGCAGUCGCAGCGCCGACAGGGAUGUCGCCGCUGCCAAGGAGGGAGACGUCCAGUGA